AAUUGCUAAAAUAUAUAGAGUGUAGAUAAAAAUGAAAAACAAUAUAAAGUUAACCAUUAUUCCUAUAAUAUGGAUGGGAAUAAUUUUUCAAGAUGGGUGUCUGAGUUUCAUUGUUGCAGAGAAUGCAGACAUGUGUACUUCAGGCUAUAAGUGGAAUCAAACAAUCAGGCAAUGUAUACCCUGUCUUAGCGGAUAUCUUAGUACAAACUGUGAAAUACAAUGUCCGUUUCCAUAUUUUGGACGGAACUGUAUAAAUAAAUGCAAUUGUGGUAUUGAGGACUGCCAUCAUGUAAACGGCUGCAAAAUAAUAUCAGAGCAAACCAAUUAUUCUAAUAUUUUAACAACAACAAACGAAAGACAAAAUCACACACUUUGCCUAGUUAAUCACAAGUGGAGUUCGGCAGAUCAGAAUUGCAUUUCUUGUGAUUCGGGAUAUUUUGGAAUAAACUGCAACACAAAAUGUCCGCCUCUAAGUUAUGGAUUAAAUUGUUUAUCAGAAUGCAAUUGCAGCGAAAACGACUGUCACCAUGUUUAUGGAUGUACUCAAGUUUCUGGAGAUUUUUCCAAAGAGGUAUCAACUAUAAAAUAUGGAUCCGUAAGAUCAACGUUAUCAACUGACAUCGAGACAACAAGAAGUGCUCAUGUUUUCAUGGUGAAUAGAGAGAAUCCAAAUACAGAAGAUAGACAUAAAGAUACUGAUUUUAAAUCGGAAUCUACAACGACAAUAAAGUCAGCGAGGAUAGGUAUAAUUUUACUUUCAAUGGUUUCUGUACUCAUAACACUGUUGAUAAUUAGUACUUUUCUUCCUGAGAAAUAUCAGAUCAUAAAAUUCAAGCAGAAAGAAGUUCUAUGUGAUUUCUAA